CCUCAGUCGAGUUCUAGACAAAGAUUUAGCUUCAUUUUGUUCAGCGCUGUAAAGCAAUGAGUAAGGUAUUGCAGGUGUGCGUUAUAUUCAUAAUUGGUUAUCUAAUUUCAUCAAGGGGAUUUUGUGUACUUGGCGUUUUUGUUCGAUAAGAAGUUCAGUUAUCAAUGAGAGCGCAUGCCGCGUGGUCGAUUCCCUCUACCUUUUUUUUCAACAGGAUUUUAGAAUCGCGUAAACAAUGCGUAACCACUUGAAACUUAUUUGUUGUAGUAGCAAGGUCCGAGCAGUGCGGAUCAGAGGAUGCCUUCACUCGACCUCGACGAUAUCCUGACGGAGUUGGGUCAUUUCGGUACAUUCCAGAAGCGAAAUUACCUCCUCAUAUGUCUGGUCAUAGCUUUUUCCGUUCUACCUCUGGGAUACGUCUUCACGACGCGCAGCUCGAAGUACAGGUGCUUCAUAGAAGAAUGCGAUGGGGACACGGCAUCUGCGUACGAGCAGGAUUGGCUGCAGGAUGCAAUACCUUUAAAGGAAACGGAGCUGAGCCGUUGCGAGCGAUUUGCUCCUGGAAAUGCAUCGGAUUCGGCAUGCAGCAAUUUCGAUCGGGGCAAUGCGAUUACGUGCGACAGGUUUAUUUUCGAAAACGGUGAUUUGACAAUUGAAAGGGAUUUCAAUGUAACGUGCGAUGAGAACCUGUGGAUGCUCACGAUCGUUGGGUCGAUUAACAACAUCGGGGAAUUGGUGUGUUUGCCUCUGUCCGGGUACAUUUCCGAUAAGUAUGGGAGACGAUCCAUGAUGGUAAUAAGUGCGCUCCUGAGCACAUUCUGCGGCUUAAUGAAAUCUUUCUCGUGGAAUUACAUAACUUACGUUGUCAUGGAAUUCCUGGACACCUCGCUGGGAUCGGGCACGUACACUGCAGCCUACAUAUUAGCUAUUGAAAUUGUUGUUCCUGAGCAGAGGGUUUUGGGUAAUACUUUGGUGGCUUGUGCUUUCGCACUUGGAGAGGCUCUUUUAGGGGCUGUAGCUUGGAUGUCGCCCUCUUGGAGAUGGAUGAUGCGCUUCUUGUAUACACCUGGUGUACUGAUUACAUUGUACUUUUGGUGCGUGCCGGAAUCCGUGAGAUGGUUAUUAUCGAAGGGUCGUUGGGAGGAGGGCAGGGAUGUACUCAGGAAGGUGGCCAAGGCUAAUGGAACUAGGAUCCCGGACGAGACCCUGCAACAGCUCGGGAUCAGAAAGGACGACCCCGAGGACGAGGAAAAGCAAGGGGAGAGCAUCCGAAGCGCGCUCCGUUCUCCCGUCCUCCUGUUCCGCCUAAUAAAUUGCUCCUUCGCGUGGUGCUGCUGCACUUUCGUCUACUACGGAUUAACGAUGCACUCGGUGUCCAUCUCCGGGAAUUUAUACUCGAAUUUCAUUGCCGUAGCUUUCAUUGAAAUGCCAGCAUACUUAGUCUCCUACUGCACCCUGGACAAAAUUGGACGUAAAUCCUCGUUGGCCGGUUCCCUGAUGGCAAGCGGCGCAGCCUGCACGGCGUUCAUCUUCAUUCCGGAAGCGAACGCCGUCUGCAAAUUGAUCGCAUUCCUCUUCGGCAAAUUCAGCAUCACGAUUGCCUACACGACUCUCUACAUCUACACAACCGAGAUGUUUCCAACUAAUUUGAGGCAUUCCCUUUUGGCAGUUUGCUCGAUGUUUGGCAGAUUAGGCUCGAUGGUCGCGCCCCAGAUCCCUCUCUUGGCUCGAAUAUCGCCGACUCUGCCGUUGAUCAUGUUCGGAGUCAUGGCCUCCGCAUCCGGACUGCUAUCUCUUCUGUUUCCCGAGACCCUCAACACCAAAUUACCGGAUACCAUCAGCGAAGCUGUGCACAUCCAAAAGGAAUAACUGUUAUCCAAAACUAUAUACAAUCUACAAGUAUAAUUCCCGAAUAACACAAAUCAAACAAACUCAAUCAAUGAG